UACAAGCACGUGUUGUGUGUAGAUAUUGUAUAUAUAUAUAUAUAAACACACGCUUAGUAUACUACAAGUCAUAAGUAAUUGAAGCUUUGAAAGACAAACAUUAACGAUUGCUUUUUUUGAAGAGAUACGCGACCUACUUAGGAAUAUUAGUGUGGAUAAAAGUUUUAUGAUAGUUGACUGUGAACUAUAAACCUGUAUUUUACCUGUGUUUUACCUGUAUUUUCACCUGUACGAUCAACAAAUCUUAAACAAUGUGAUUUUACUUUAAAACGAUUGUAGAUUUAUUGUUUCGUCAUUGUGGUUCAACUUGAAUCAAAGUGAUUUAAAGACAAGGAAACAUUAUUUUGAAAAGAACAACUUCGACUUUUUUUUUACAGAUUUCUUGAUAUAUUCAAUCAGGAUUAAUUUAAAGACUUCAAAUGGAGACGGCUAUACAAUAUCCAGCUAGUUUUUGUUCGAGACGAAGGAGAAGUAGAACCUUACCACCAUUGAUUAUGCCCCCGACACAGAAUGUUGAAUUUCCCCAGGAUUACGACGAUGUUGUUGAAGAAGGGAAAUUAUUAUUUAAUCGUUUUGUUCUUGACCGACUUGAACAAGAACAUCCUGGUGACGCAACAGCAAUAGCAAUACCGGUAUCGAGCGAUUAUAAGAAUCCAAUGUGGGCAAAGGCUGGCCGAGAAUUGAGAUUCAUGGCGGACGAAUUCGCGAGAUCGUCGCGACGGAAUGACGUCAAACGAAAGGCACAAGAGGUGAGCGUUAAUAAUAUUACAUACGAACAAUUUAAAGAUUUAUUAGCCGAGUUAUUUUGCCAAGGACACAUAACAAAAGAACGUAUAAUGGUUUUAUUUUUCUUCUGUUCUGACGUAGCUGUGAGAACUUUUUCAUCGAGUGUAGAUUUAUGUAAAAAGUUUAUAAACUGGUCAUUGUCGUUUAUUACAAGAAAUGUUUGUCGAUGGGUGCGAGAUCGUGGUGGAUGGGAAGAUGUACUUGUGAUUGACCACAUUCUCACUGUUCCUAAACCAAUUAUCGUCCUUGGAGCUUUUGUUUUCAUAUUUUUCGCUGUGAAGUAUUACAGAUCUUAAAGACCUAAAUCGGGCGAUUAACGUACACACGUUUACAACACAAACCAAAUCAAACGCUAGAUCAGCAGCUGGGGACUUGGUCCCCCAAAUUUUAAUCUGAUCUCAAGUCACGGGGGAGGAAAUGUACAAGGGGCACACAUGUGAAGACGACGCCACUACGGGGAUAUAGGAACCGGUACUUGGAUGGAGUUGCUCUCUAGUAAAAAUCUCUCAAAUAUUCUUCUAUUUGACAAUUUGACAUAAUUGUCGGAGAUUUCCAACACAUUUCCGUGACUUGUCGUAGACGCAGUUGUAACAGAAGGGUUGCGUUUAUCGCAAACGCACAUCAAAGAACUGCAAGGAGUAUCAUAUACUAUAUGUACUUUGCAUUAUGGACGUCUUUGUUAUUUCUGUAGUCCGCAAGAUGUCGUUUUGUUUUAAGGAAUUCGGCAAUUGAAUUUUUGUACUUAAACAUAUAACUUUGAAAUAAUGGUGUUCAAAUGUUGUGUGAAGAUGGAAAGACGGGAUGGUUGUGAAGAAGGUUUUGUGAAAUUUUGCCUAAUAUCUGAAGAUAUAUUAUAAAAAAUAUAACUUUAUUAAUUUUAAUAAGAAAAUUAAAAACAAUUUGACCAGGGGAACCCGAGGUUCGGACAGGGUUGGCCUGAUUAUUUUGAUAAGAAACUUAAAAAACAAUUAGCCCAAGGGCACCCGAGGUUCGGACAGAUGGUCUUCUUAAUUUGAUAAGAAAAUUAAAAAGCGCUUUGACCAGAGGCACCCGAGGUUCGGAAUGGUUGGCCUGAUUAUUUUUUGUAUUUACAUCAGGGCCCUUAUUCACGAAAACUUAAACUAAGAUACAAUCGAAAUUUUAAGAAAUACUGCAAUUCGAUUAGCUGACCAGUAAAAUCAAUCUGAAUAUAUCCAAUGAAGUUGCAGUAUUUCUUAAAAUUUCGGUUGUAACUUAGUUUAAGUUUUCGUGAAUAAAGGCCCUGAUGUUAGAACUAUACACGUGUGUGAAAAUAGGCUAGUGAUAAAUGAUAAGGCCAGCUCAAGAUUUCGUCAUAGGUCACGAGAUGUAAACAGGGCUAGCGCUAAUCCCAACCCUAACCCUAACCCUGGACCUAGCCCCAAUGCUUACCCUAACCCUAACCUACAAUCUCGCCAACAAUACACUUUCUUAGUCUCAGUAGCCUAUAAACAAACGGUCGACCUCCGGGUCGUGUCCUGCAUCUGGUAGGCCUGCACUAGGCUUUGGCUGAUCACUGAUAUUUCCGUGCUUUUAUAUAACCGCCAUGAGAAAUCCCAAAAUAUGAAUUAUUUUUCUUAUGACCGAAAAUAUAUAUAAAUACAUGUAUAAUAUGGACCAAGGUUGUAUAGCGUCGUAUAGAUGACGAUCCUUUAAAAGGAGACUGGACAGUAUUGUCUAUAUAGUAAAUAGGAUUUUUGUAUUAAUUAAGUAAGACUUGAUAAUAGAGAUUUCAUGUCACCGCUGUCUCCCGAUUGUAUUAUUUAAUGAUCAUGAAAUGGUCGACCUGUGUUCAUGUUUUAUUAUUUCAUUGUUUAUCUAUCUUGUAUUCUAAUGAAUGACAUAGGCGUACGAGCUGGGGGGGGGCUUGGGGGCGCCGCCCGCCCAUUUUGGGCACCAAAUGCUGGGGAAAUUUGGGCACACAAUUGUAUUUUGUAAAAGUUGUAUAAAAAAAGAUAUUGUGUUCUUGAAUGUGUCCAAUUUAACAGCGAAUUUAUUAUUAUUAUGUAACAUACUAAGAACCUAACUACAUUUUUGGGCACCAACCCCCCCCCCCCCCGUCAAAAUUUCCCCCUACGCCUAUGAUGAGUGAUAGAAGGCAGAAUAUCUUAGUUUCAUGAAUUAUGUGUCACUUUACCAGAGUUUGUUUGAAGGGACGCGGAAAUGCCGCUCUGCAGGACAUAAUGAAUUCAUCCAUGACAACAUGCCCGUCUUCAUUAGCCCGGUUGGUGCACACAGGGAGGACGUUAAACCCCGUUUCAUUUCGUCAUUAAAAGAACAUACGGCUCUUAUUAGAUGGAAAUGAAGCGCUGAAUUUGACAAUCUGAUGAUGUACUGACAUUAACGGAGCAAGCUUUUCUACAUUGGGUUUUCUUUUGGUAGGCUUAGCCUAUCUAUUAAUUUUAGUUUAAUUUUGGGCUUCAAAAUUUACACUCAAAGUGCUGUAAAGUAAUCAAUACGUUGCGAUUAGUAGAAUCUUAUAGACAGUGUGUCUAGUCCUUCGGCGGGUCUCCAACUUAAGCCAACCUCACUACCCAAAAAAGGUGCUACUAUGGGCAGUCUGCGCGGGAAAAUUGUAGUAAAACCCAUGCGUGAUACUUACACGUCAUUUGCGUGGCGUGUGUUCGACACAGUAGAAGAUCGCAGCCUUGCUGUAGAGACUUUUGGCCGUGCAUAAAAUUUUUACUUGUUUUCUUGCGACUGGUCUGCGAGCUACCAAACCCUACGAUCCGUGCGUGUCCUACAAACAAACAGUGGUAAAGUGUAUGGUUUUGUCUGCGAUAUUAUAAGAGACGGUACUAUAUAAUUACCACUAUGUUUCUAGUCCACUAAAUAAAGAAAGAGAGAGAGAGAGAGAGAGAGAGAGAGAGAGAGAGAGGGGGGGACAAGUAACCGUAGACAAUAAAAACUAAUGUAUAGGCCUAUGUAUUUCUGAUCAAAAUAACAAUGUUCAAUAAAAUGAAACGGGGUUUUAGGAAAUGAAUUAGAACGCAUGUAUCUUAGCGACGAACAGACAGAUUAUAUAUAUUCCCCAUUAUGCACACAGUAUAAUUCUAUUGGCAAAUCAUGUUUAAUCGAUAAUCAUUUUAUUAACGACCGACGAAUUUUUACAUUUUGAAAAAUUGAACAAUAAACAAUCUGAUUAAAAGUAACAUCUAUUAUUUCGUUUCGGUUUCUUUAAUACUUUCUAUGGCCUCCACUACCCGAAGAUCUGACCGGUUGUAGUGGAAGGUCGCGUCGGGGUCAUACGAGCGGCUUUUGGCCCUAUGAUGUCAGACAUUUGAUUAACCAAUCAGCGUUGAUGUUUCUAGUGGAAUACCCACAAUUCCGUGCAGCGCACGCCAAGAACUCGCUGCAACAAUCCGUUUCAUUGGCUAAUCCCUCACAUCAACCAGGCGCAGGUUAUACAACUGUUGUAGUAAAGACAAGUAAACGAAAUUUUGAACUUUAAAAAACGAAACGAAAUAGGAUCUGUGUUUCAAUCAGAUUGCUAAUCAUAUCGAUCUCAAGACUUGUGAUAUUUAUAUUAAAUAUUAUUAUGUUUUUCAUAAAAUGUAUUUUAUGUUGUUUUUUUGUGUGUUCAUAUUUGUUUAUUUAUUCGCUGCUUUUUGUGGGUUUUUUGUAAGCCUAAGAAUUGGGUAUGACUAUAUGUAUAUGUAUGACUUUGUAUAA